AUGACGUCCAACUCCUCCUCCUCGAUGCGCGGUCUAACGCAGUACAUUGCCGACCUGCGCGCAUGUCGUGUCCGCGAGCUCGAAGAGCGCCGCAUCAACAAGGAGAUGGCGCACAUCCGUCAAAAGUUCAAGGACGGCCAGCUAGACGGCUACCAGAAGAAGAAGUACCUCUCCAAGAUCGUCUUCACCUACAUCCUAGGCUACCAGGUCGACAUUGGCCACAUGGAGGCGGUCAACCUCAUCUCGUCCAACAAGUACUCGGAGAAGCAGAUCGGGUAUCUGGCCAUCACGCUGCUCAUGCACGAGAACUCGGACAUCGUUCGCCUGGUGGUCAACUCGAUCCGCAAGGAUCUGGACGAGAUGAGCGAGGUGAACAACUGUCUGGCGCUGCAUGCCAUUGCCAACAUCGGUGGCACAGAGAUGGCGGAAGCAUUAGCGCCGGACGUGCAUCGACUGCUCAUCUCGCCAACGUCGAGGAGCUUCGUCAAGAAGAAAGCGGCAUUGACGCUACUCAGGUUGUACCGCAAGCAUCCGGAAGUGAUUCCGGCCGAGGAUUGGGCGUUGCGCAUCAUCGCCAUCAUGGACGACGACAACCUCGGUGUCGCUCUCGCUGUGACGAGUCUGGUGAUGGCCAUGGCGCAGGAUCACCCGGAAGCGUUCUCUAGCUCGUACCAAAAGGCGGUGCAUCGCAUGCAGAGGAUCGUCGUGGAGGGCGACUUCACUGCCGAGUACGUCUACUACAAGGUGCCCAUUCCAUGGCUGCAGGUCAAGCUGCUGCGCCUGCUUCAGUAUUAUCCGGCCCCGGACGACCCCAACAUCCGAAACAUCAUCGAGACCGUCCUCGAAACCAUCAUCACCAACUCGCAGGACAGCCCCAAGAACGUCCAGCACAACAAUGCGCAGAACGCCAUCUUGUUCGAGGCGAUCAACCUCGCCAUCCAGCUCGACACCGAGUCGGCCGUGGUUGCCAAAGCUGCAGUGUUACUGGGCAAGUUCAUUCUCUCACGCGAGACCAACGUCCGUUACCUCGGGUUGGACACGAUGGCACACCUCGCCGCCUGCGCUGAGAGCCUGGAACCUAUCAAGAUGCACACCAAUACCAUCAUCCUCUCACUCCGCGACAAGGACAUUUCCGUCCGGCGACGCGGCGUCGAUCUGCUCUACAGCAUGUGCGACGUCACCAACGCCAAAGUCAUCGUCUCCGAACUGCUCAAGUACAUGCAGAUCGCAGACUACGCGUUGCGCGAGGAGAUGGUGCUCAAGAUCGCCAUCCUCACGGAGAAGUUCGCGACCGAAUACACCUGGUAUGUCGACACGAUCCUCCAACUGCUCGGUGCGGCGGGCGACCACGUGAGCGACGAAGUGUGGUACCGCGUGAUCCAGAUCGUGGUCAACAACGAGGACGUCCAGUCGUAUGCGGCGACGAAAGUGCUCGAGCACCUGAAAUCCGCCACCUGCCACGAAAACAUGAUCAAGGUUGGCGGCUACAUUCUGGGCGAGUUCGGACAUCUGAUCGCCAACGAUCCCGGCGCAUCCCCCAUCGAGCAGUUCCACACGCUGCACUCGCGCUCCCACCUCUGCUCGCAAUCCACCCGCGCCUUGUUGCUAUCGACGUACGUCAAGUGGCUCAACCUGUUCCCCGAGAUCCGCGAGCAGAUCCUCUACGUCCUCAACCGGUACCGCCACGUGCUCGAUGCCGAGCUGCAACAGCGUGCGUGCGAGUACGUCGCGCUCGCCGAGCGACCCGAUGACGAGCUGCUGCAGAGCGUGUGUGACGAGAUGCCUCCCUUCGCGGAGCGCUCUUCGUUGCUGCUGAGCCGACUGCACAAGAAGCACACGGAUACGGAGGAUAAGAGGACGUGGAUCAUUGGCGGGAAGGACACCAACCGGGGUCGCGAGCAGGCGCGGCUGGAGAGUCUCAAGAAGGGCAAGGCGAACGGGGGGGCGAUGCCGACGGGCACUUUGGGCGGUGUGAUCCCGGCUGGACAACGGAGCGAGGGUGUGACGGCGGAUAGCAUGCGCGAAGACGACGUUCUUGCGGGUCUCGAAGGGCUGGAUAUGUCCGCGCCCACGCCUUCGGUCAUGGAAGAUGCCGGGUUGUUAUCGGAACAACCCCUCAUCGGGGGCACGCCCAACGGUUCGACACCAUCGACACCGGCACCGCUCGAACGCAGCAAACCCAUCACCUCGGGCAGCGACAAGUUCUUCCAGCGCCUCUGUUUUUCCUCCGAAGGCAUCCUCUGGGAAGACGCAUCGCUUCAAAUCGGCCUCAAGACCGAAUACCACGGCCACCAGGGGCGAAUCAAGCUCUAUUUCGGUAACAAGAUCGCCGUCGAUUUCACUUCCUUUACACUUACCAUCCGCAACCCUUCGACUUCGCUAUCGGUGACCCUACCCAAGAUCCCCUCGAACACCCUGGGUGGGUUGACGCAGAUGCAGACGCUCGUUCUCGUCGAGUGUCGCGAUCUGUUCAGUGCGCCACCUGUGUUGGAGGUGAGCUACCUAGCGGGGUCGCUGACGGAGUUGAGGCUGCGACUGCCGGUGUUGGUGCACAAGUUCGUCGAACCGGUGCAGUUGGGUGCGACGGACUUCUUCGAGCGAUGGCGUCAGAUCGGUGGCCCGCCAAGGGAGGCGCAGAAGAUCUUUGGGUUCAAGCUGUCCAGUGCGGGCGAGGUGGAUGUGGGUCGGCAGAAGAGGGUGCUCGAAGGCGCACGGUUGGGCGUGUUGGACGGCGUCGAUGCGAAUCCUGCUAACAGCGUCGCUGCGGGAGUGCUGCAUAUGCGGGACGCAGGCAAGGUCGGUUGCCUGUUGAGGUUGGAGCCCAACAAGGAGGCCAAGUUGGCCAGGUUGACGGUGAGGACGACGAACGAUCUGGUCAGUGCCGAGCUGCUCAGGGUGUUGCUGGCCGUGUUGGCGACGGAUCAGGGAAGGUUGUGA